UCUGGCAAAACCUUUUCCUCUGGCUCCUGUUAGGGCGCGGGUUAGGUGUUCACCGCCUUGUGUCCUCGGCUCCCGGAGGCCCGGGUGAUUCGGCCACAGCCUCGGCCUCCGUCGCUCUGUGAGCUGCGGGCAUCGGAUGAUUCGUAGCUAAGACUCCGCGACACCCUGAAGCCCAGAAAUGGAACUCUUAACAUUCAGGGAUGUGGCCGUAGAAUUCUCCUCAGAAGAGUGGAAAUGUCUGGAUCCUGCCCAGCAGAAUUUAUAUAGAGAUGUGAUGUUGGAGAAUUACAGAAACCUGGUCUCCCUGGGUGUUGUGAUCUCUAACCCAGACCUGGUCACCUAUCUGGAACAAAGAAAAGAGCCCUACAAUUUGAAGAUACAUGAGACAGCAGCCAAACCCCCAGCUACGUGUUCUCCUUUCACCCAAGACCUUUCACCAGUUCAGGGGAUAGAAGAUUCAUUCCAUAAACGUAUACUGAGAAGAUGUGAGAAAUGUGGACAUGAGAAUUUACGAUUAAGAAAAGACUAUAAAGGUGUGAAUAAGUGUAACGUGCAGAAAGGAGUUUAUAAUGGACUUUACCAAUGCUUGUCAAUUUCCCAGAGCAAAAUAUUUCAGUGUAAUGCAUGUGUUGAAGUUUUUAGUAAAUUUUCAAAUUCAAACAAACAGACAAAACACACUGGAGAGAAACCCUUUACAUGUACAGAAUGUGGCAGAUCAUUUUACAUGUCACACCUAACUCAACAUACAGGAGUUCAUGCUGGAGAGGAACCCUGCAAAUGUGAAAAAUGUGGCAAAGCCUUUAAUAGUUCCACAUCCCUUACUAAACAUAAGAGAGUUCAUACUGGAGAGAAACCCUACACAUGUGAAGAAUGUGGCAAAGCCUUUAGACGGUCCACAGUGCUGAAUGAACAUAAGAAAAUUCAUACUGGAGAGAAACCCUACAAAUGUGAAGAAUGUGGCAAAGCCUUUACACGGUCCACAACGCUGAAUGAACAUAAGAAAAUUCAUACUGGAGAGAAACCCUACAAAUGUAAAGAAUGUGGCAAAGCCUUUAUAUGGUCCACAAGCCUGAAUGAACAUAAGAAUAUUCAUACUGGAGAGAAACCCUACAAAUGUAAAGAAUGUGGCAAAGCUUUUAACCAAUCCUCAGGCCUUAUUAUACACAGGAGCAUUCAUUCUGAACAAAAACUUUACAAGUGUGAAGAAUGUGGCAAAGCCUUUACUCGGUCCACAGCCCUGAAUGAACAUAAGAAAAUUCAUUCUGGAGAGAAACCCUACAAAUGUAAAGAAUGUGGCAAAGCCUAUAACUUAUCCUCAACCCUUAAUAAACAUAAGAGAAUUCAUACUGGAGAGAAACCCUUCACAUGUGAAGAAUGUGGCAAAGCCUUCAAUUGGUCCUCAUCCCUUACUAAACAUAAGAUAAUUCACACUGGAGAGAAAUUCUACAAAUGUGAAGAAUGUGACAGAGCUUUUUCUCGGCCCUCAACCCUUACUGUACAUAAGCGAAUUCAUACUGUCAAGGAACAUAUUUGAUAACAUAGUUGAAUGACAUUGCUAAGUAAUUUUUUCUUCCAGUGUCUUUAAACAAAUUCAAGAAUAUUGUUCCCAUAUGA